GCAUAUUUCUAACACAUGCCCGGAAAUCGUUAAAAUGGCUGGAACAACGAACGACAACGUUUUUGAUUCCAUAAAACUUCGUUUUAAGUUUGAACUUAAACCUGAACAAAAGAAAAUUAUUCAUGAAAUUUUACAAGGACGAGACGUUAAUGCAGUGCUGCCGACGGGAUUCGGAAAGUCCAUGUGUUUUAUUGUUCCUCCAUUGAUCAAGGAUAUGCAGGUACAUGUACAUCUGUCUAUUAGAAGCGUCAUUUUUGUAGAGGCGAAAGCUGACGUUCCCUGUCCGCAAACGUGUUAAAUUCGAUCUUUAAAUUUUGCAAAUAUUGUGUAUUUUUCUUUCUCACUAUGUUUAUUUUGUUAUUUUAUCUUAAAUAACCAACCGCAUAUAAUUUCUUUCGUAUCCCGUAGGUAUCCGCCUAUACUAACGCUAGCAAUUAAGCUGGCUCUUAUAUUAAACACAAAACUUUCUAUCCGCACGUUUUUAUUAUAUCAACAAUCUAAAUUUAUAUUAUUGGUUUCCAUUUUAUGUCUUUCUAUUUUAACAUAUUUAGAUAACAUUUGUUCUUUUUCUUUUUCAGAACUUGGGUGAACAGCAUUUCCUGUCUUUGGUCGUAUCACCACUUAUAAGCCUUAUGAAAGAUCAGGCGAGCCAACUACAAGAAUCGGGUAUUAAAUGCUGGCUGUCUUGUGAUGAUUGUCUUCCUGUUAAAGAUCUAGCUCAUGCCGACGUAAGCAUCGUCUAUGUGACUCCAGAGGCUCUGAAGCAGACACAUUGGCGAAGACUUUUGCGUGACCCGACGUUUCAGACACGCUUGUGCCUUUUUGCGGUCGAUGAAGCGCAUUGUGUGUCCGACUGGGGAUAUGAGUUCCGCCCAGAAUUUAGAGACUUGUCGGAAAUUCGAAGUGUGGUUGAUGUUCCGUUGCUAGCAAUAACGGCUACGGCUACAGAGCGGGUUCGAGAAGACAUUGUUAAAUACCUGCAGAUUUCUGAUAAUGCAUUCAGCAUCGCUAUUGUACCUGACAGACCUAACAUAACCCUCGUUGUGAAAAGUACGGGUUCAGAGCGCUACGAGGAGGAAUUGCAGUGGCUCCUUGACUAUGCACGUGUGCACAUUGACAACGAAUCAAUGGCUAAAACCAUCAUCUUCUGCAGAUCAUACAGGAUGGUAUAUGGCGUUUGGUCUUGGUUGUUAGAUGCCAUUGGGCUGAAGGUCUAUGCAGAAGAAAAACAUACUGUGGAAGGCAGAAGAGUGGAGAUGUUCACUGCAUCCACAACGGAAAAGGACAAGAACCGCAUACUGGACAACUUUUAAAAUGGAAUAAUAAGGAUCAUCGUUUCAACGGUUGCGUUUGGGAUGGGCGUUAACAUCCCCAACGUCAGUUUGGUUGUUCACUGGGGAGCACCAAAAUCCUUUCUUACUUACUGGCAGGAGGUAGGACGUGCGGGUCGAGAGGGGAAACAGGCAUUGGCCGUGCUUAUCCCCUACAAACGGAGCUGCCUAACAUCCAUGUGUGAUGGUGACUUUUCUGAAUCAUUAACAACUGCUGUAUGUGUCAGGAACAGGACACUCACAGCUUUGCUUACAAAGGAUAUGGACAAGUCGUCGAUCCCCGUCCAUGAUUCUUGUGAGAACACAUGUGAUGUGUGCGUGUGUAAACAGUGUUUGUGCUGUAGUGUGUGCUACGAACAAUGCCUUUGUCCUGGAAAAGCAGACCAGAUAAAAAAAUCCUCAGUGAGCACUAGUGUCAGUAUCGUUGCUGCUGUUGUUGUAACUAUUAUACGAAACAUUUUCUUAUGAAUGUUUACGUUGUAAAUCAUUAAUCAUAGUAUUGUAAAUGGAACGUAUUCACAUACAAAUACUUAACUAUAAAUUAA